GUGAAACUCGUGUGGAUUGUGGAGGAGGGCUGUUUAAAAUCAAACCAAACACGUGCGUGUAUCACUGUCUCGGCAAAUACGUUUGUGUAUUAUUAUUUCUAAUGUAAUCGGUUUAAUUUGUAAUUUUUUUUUACUCAAGUAAUUUGUUUUGCAUGGUUUUCAUCUAUUGACUUUCUUCAUAAUAUAUUCAUUAUGUUGGUUUUAUUCGAGACGUCGGCUGGAUACGCUAUAUUCAAACUAUUGGACGAAAAGAAACUGAAGAACGUCCCUGACCUCUACACGUAUUUCGAGUCACCAGAAGAAUCUAGUAAAAUUGUCAAGUUAAAACAUUUUCAAAAAUUUGAAGAUACUACUGAAGCAUUGGCGUCGGUAGCAUCUUUGAUUGAAGGAAAAUUAUGUAAAUCAUUAAAAAAGGUUAUCAAAACUCACGUUAGCAGCAGUGAUUCGUUAAUGGUAGCAGAUCCAAAAUUAGGUUCUGCUAUUAAAGAAAAGUUUAAUAUUAGCUGUGUUUCCAGUUCUGCAGCUGCAGACUUGUUACGAUGCAUUCGUUCACAAUUCGAAAAUUUAUUAGUAGGUCUUCCGAAGAAAGACCUUACUGCUAUGUCUUUAGGUCUUGCUCAUAGUUUGUCUCGUUAUAAACUUAAAUUUAGUCCAGACAAGAUAGAUACAAUGAUUGUACAAGCUAUUGGUCUAUUGGACGAAUUAGAUAAAGAAGUAAAUAAUUAUAUAAUGAGAUGUAGAGAAUGGUAUGGUUGGCAUUUCCCAGAACUUGGAAAGAUUCUUACUGAUAAUUUAGAAUAUGUUAAGACAAUCAAAACUCUCGGUAUGAGAGAAAACGCUAAAUCAAUCGAUUUAUCAGAAAUUUUAACCCCUGCUUUGGAAGAUCAAGUUAAGACUGCUGCAGAAAUAUCGAUGGGAACUGAAAUUGCCGACGACGACAUCCAACAUAUAGUACAAAUGUGUGAUGAGAUAUUAGAUAUUUCAACUUACCGAACAUCCCUUUCGGAUUAUUUAAAAUCUCGAAUGAUGGCUGUAGCUCCCAAUGUAACUGUACUUCUUGGUGACCUGGUUGGUGCUCGAAUGUUAGCUCAAGGAGGUUCGUUGGUGAAUGUAGCUAAAAUGCCUGCAUCUACAAUUCAGCUUUGUGGUGCUGAAAAAGCUUUGUUUAGAGCCUUGAAAAAGAAACACGAUACUCCUAAGUAUGGUCUUAUAUAUCAUUCCAGUUUGGUGGGUCGCGCAACUGCAAAAGUUAAAGGCAGAAUGUCUCGUAUGUUGGCUGCAAAAGUUGCACUUGCCGCUCGUUUCGAUGCUUUUGGUGAGUCGGACACCAUCAGUAUGGAUUUAGGUACAAAUCAUUUGGCUAAUUUAGAGUACAAACUACGCCUCAUGGAGGAAGGGUCUAUGACUAGGAUAAGUGGAACUGCUAAAGCAAAAGCUAAAUUCGAAAAAUACCAAGUGAAAAGGGAAGUUGUUCAAUAUCAAACUGCUGCUGAUUCUACCAUACCUAGUAAACGUAAGAUAGAAGAAACUGGAAUAAAACAAGAAUAUGAAGACAAUUUAACAUUAAAAGAAAUUAAACAAGAAACUGAAGAAACUCCACAACCUCCUAAAAAGAAGAAGAAGAAAAACAAGGACCAAGCUAACGGUGAUUCAUUUAUUGAAAAUGGUGAUACUACAUUGAAAAGUGAACAAAAUUCAAUGGUUGCUGAAGAGCAAACUCCGAAAGAUAAAAAGAAGAAGAAGAAGAGGGAAUCUGAAUUAAUGGAAGUAGAAGACACAAGUAUUGUUGAAAAUGAACCUCUGAAAAAGAAAAAAAAGAAGAAGGAUAAUAGUGACAACAAUGAUUCUGUUGUUGUUGCUGAUUCUUCAAUUAAUGAGUCUGUUGCUGAGUCGGGCAAAAAGAAAAAGAAAAAGAAUAAAAAUCAAGUGGAAGAAUCUACGAGUAUUGAAGAAGCCGUAGUGGAAGAAGUAGUGGAGAAGAAGAAAAAGAAAAAAAAGUCUAAAGGUGCAGAGUAAAAAAUUAUGUUAAAUUUAAAGCUCUUGAUAUUGUGUCGAUUAUUGCAAAUUAAGAAUUAUCUUAAUUGUUUAUUUUUAUUUUUGUUUACCUGAGUCUAAAUGAAAUUAGACUAUACAUUUAAUACAAAAUAAAUUGACUACAUUCGUAUGUUACACACAUUUUAA